AUGGCCGCCGUCGACCUCGCCCGCCCGUGCACUCACCCUGCCGCCUGGGAUCUCCCUGGGAGGACCGUCGCCGACCCCUGCUUCGUCUACACCGCUAGAUCGAGGCCGGGAGGCCACCACGUCGACGUACGCAUCAUCGACCCCGUCUGCCUCCGGCUCGGCCGCCUCGCCCUCGUUCGUGUCGCCGCCACGGGACGUCCCCGUCCUCCUCCUCGACCCCCACUGCCAACCCCCUACAGCUUCGCGGUGAGCUGCCGCGCCUCCCUUCUCCCCCCUCUCUGCUCCAGCCACGCCCGAUGCGCGCGCCCGCGCCCCCCUGCACCUAGCUGCCGCCACCGCGGCCUGGCCGAGCGCCCGCGCCCCGCACGUGGCCAUGCGCCCGCGCCCCGCACGUGGCCAUGCGCCCGCGCCCCGCACGUGGCCAUGCGCCCUGCUCCCCUCGCCCCGCUCUACCGUGGCCUUGCUCCGCCGCGCGCGCUCCAGCGCCCCUACCACCGCCCCUUGCUCCCCGCGUCCAGCAACCGCCCGCCCGCAAGCCGCGCUCACCGCCCGCCCGCGCGUCGCGCCGCUCCCCUCACCGCCUCGCCUCAUGCAGCUGCUACUUCCUGUGCGUGCCCGCUGCGCACGCACGCGCGCCGCCCUGCUCCAGCCCCGCGGCCUCCGCCGGCCGUCCCGCUGCAUCCCGCAGCCGCGGCGCCGCCCAGUUCCGUCCCCUCGGGCACGCGCCCGUUCGGGCGCCCGGACCCGUAA